AUGAGGGGUCCUUUUAAAGCAGGUUCAAGUAAAGCAAGAAAGAAGAGUAAUGCAAAAAAUUGUCCUUCACAAGCAGGUCCAAGCACUCUAGCUCCAAGUGCUCCAACACAUGUCAAUCAAGAUCCUUUGACUCAAGAGCAUGUCCCUGUGAAUCAAGAGCUUGUCAUUCAAGAGAAUGUCCCUGUGAAUCAAGAGCAUGUGAAUGAAGAUCAUGUGAAUCAAGUUCCUGUGAAUGAAGUACCUAUCAACCAAUAUCCUGUGAAUCCAAUACCUGUUAACCAAGUGCCUGUGAACUGUUAG